AUGGUUGAUGCUUCUGUGCCAUUUAAUGCAGUUAAUUCAGCAUACUACCAACCAAUGAUUGAUGCUAUUGCAAACAUAGGUGCAGGGUAUAAAGGUCCAAACUUUGAUAGAGUUUGUGGAUAUCUGUUGAGUAAGUUGGUGGAGGAUGUAAAAAAGAUUAUUGAACGGUAUCGUGAAAUUUGGAAGCAAACUAGAUGUACUAUCAUGGCUGAUGGAUGGACUGAUUGUUGUAGGCGCACUUUAAUUAACUUCUUAGUUUAUUGUCCUAAAGAAACUAUCUUCCUAAAGUUUGUUGAUGCUUCUCAUGCCUCCAAGACUGAUGAUUUAUUGUUUAAGCUUUUUAAGGAUGUUCAUAUAGUGACAGACAAUGCUGCAAAUUAUGUUGCUGCUAAAAGGUUGUUAGAAACUGAAUUUCCUAAGUUGUAUUGGUCUCCUUGUGUUGCGCAUUGUAUUAAUUUGAUGUUGCAAGAUAUUGAAAAGUUGAAUGAAGUAAGUGAGACAGUUUCACAUGCUUCAAAAAUUACUAAAUACAUAUAUAAUCAUUGUCAUCCAUUGUAUCUGAUGAGGAAGUUUACUGGUGGGCAAAAAAUACUUCAUCCAGCUCCAACUCGCUUUGCUACCAAUUUCAUAGCUUUAGAGAGUAUUCUGGCUCAAAAAGAUGCAUUAAGAGCUAUGGUAACUUCUAAAGAAUGGACAAUCUUAGCCUACUCCAAAGAAGCUAAAACUAAAAUAUUUGUGGAUCAAGUUUUAGACUCUAAAUUUUGGAAUUUAUGUAUAGAUAUUAUCAAGCUUACUGAGCCACUUGUUUGUGUGUUCCGUAUUGUGGAUAAUGAAGAUAAAACUACAAUGGAUUUUCUUUAUUAA